GACGUAGGAUAGGACGUGUCUAUAGCGGAAGUAGGUGCUGCUUGGCAACAAGGCUGUUUGAUCCGGAAGCCGGAACUACCUAUGUGUACGAAGUGUACUGACUCGUCUGGUGCUGAUCAAGUCUCAGCGGGACUGGGGUAUUCUGUUGUAGCGCCAGCCCUCCCCUAGCCGGGAAAGGGCACGAGGUGCAGUUGGGAACAUGGGGCUUUACGGCUACAUCAUGUCGCUAUGCUCGGCUGGAGGAAUGCUAUUGGCGUUACUCACCUUAAGUCUUUUCAGUGACGUGGGUUUUGCUGUUAAUGCUCCUACUGCAUCCCCUGCCUUCCCUACCGGUCAGCUCCCUCACAUUUCUAAGAAGGGAAACAGCUCGAGCACUAUUGCCGGGGGAGCUUUGGCUACUGUACCUUCUGCUGAAUCGCCCAACAAGCCCCGGACACAGAGGGCCCUUGUGGUGCUUGUGUUGGUUAGCGCUGCCGUUGUUGCUUAUUUUGUCAUAAGGACAAUGAGAACUAGAAGAAAAAAUAAGAAAACAAGGAAAUAUGGUGUUUUGGAUGCAAACUUAGGAAACAUGGAAUUAACUCCACUGGAGCAAGAUGAUGAUGACGACGAUGACACAUUAUUUGAUGCCAAUCAACCUCGUAGGUAAAAGCCUUAAAACUGUGGAUUAGGUGUCCCUGUUUUGGAAAAAAAACUGGAUGAAGAGCUACACUAGAAAUAUGUUGCAUCAAGCAUAUGCAAACCAAUCUCUUGCAGCAAAAUUAAAUUUUGUACCAAUAUUCUGAAAGUAUAACUCCAAAUCUUAUAUUUGAAGAAAUCGUAUUUAAGAUUUUUUUUUUUCAAAUACUGUGACUUACUGUGACAUAAUUUUUAUGGUUCUUUUUGUAUAUACGUUGUCAUUUUUUUCUACCACUAUUUUAAAAGAAAUGUUAAAUAUUUUAGAGGUAUUUCCAUUUCAAAAUAUGUUCACCCCUAUUUAUCAAAUAUAAACAUGUUAGAAAUGCGCACUGUAAAUUUUGCAUGCAUGUCUGUAUAUACUGCAAUAAAAUAAAUAUUAGAAUAUA